GAGAAGAAGAACAGUAAAAUGGCUCAACAGGGAGUUCUGCUGGACCACAACCAGUUCAGUUGUUCAAUCUGUCUGGAUCUACUGAAGGAUCCGGUGACUACUCCCUGUGGACACAGCUACUGUAUGAGCUGUAUAAAAGACUACUGGGAUCAGGAUGAUCAGAAGGGAGUCUACAGCUGCCCCGAGUGCAGACAGACCUUCACUCCCAGGCCUGUUCUGAGGAAAAACAACAUGCUGGCUGAGGUGGUGGAGAAGCUGAAGAAGAAAGAACUCCAAGCUGCUGCUCCUGCUGUCAGUUCUGCUGGACCUGGAGAUGUGCUGUGUGACUCCUGCUGUGGGAGGAAGCGCAAAGCCCUCAAGUCCUGUCUGGUGUGUCUGGUCUCUUACUGUGAGGCUCACCUCCAGCCUCACUAUGAAUCUCCUGCCUUUAAAAAGCACAAGCUGGUCAAAGCCUCCUCACAACUGCAGGAGAAGAUCUGCUCUCGUCACGAUGAAGUGAUGAAGAUUUUUUGUCGUACUGACCAGCAGUGUAUCUGUUAUCUGUGUUCUAUGGAGGACCAUAAAGGUCACGAUACAAUCUCAACUGCAACAGAAAGAACUGAGAAACAGCGGGAGCUUGGACUGAGUCAACAGAAUAUUCAGAAGAGAGUCCAGCAGAGAGAGAAGGAGCUGAAGGAGCUCCAACAGGCUGUGGAGUCUCUGACUCGCUCUGCACAAGCAGCAGAGAAGGACAGUGAGAGGAUCUUUACUGAGCUGAUCCGCUCCAUUGAAAGAAGACGCUCUGAGGUGAAGGAACUGAUCAGAGCCCAGCAGAGAGCAGCAGUGAGUCAGGCUAAAGGACUGGUGGAGAGACUGGAGCAGGAGAUAGCUCAGCUGAAGAGGAGAGACGCUGAGCUGGAGCAGCUCUCACACACAGAAGAUCACAUCCAUUUCCUCCAGGGUUAUCAGUCUCUCUCCAGCCCCAGUGUAUCUUCAUAUUUACCCAGCACCAUCGCCCCUCGUUGUAAGUACUUCUGUGAUGUGAGGGAGGCUGUGUCCAAGCUGAAAGUGAAACUAGAGGACAUCUUUAAAGGGGAGUGGCCAAUGAUCACAACCACCGUGAAUCAAGUGGAUCUUUUACUGCCACCAGAGCCCAAGACCAGAGCAGACUUCUUACAAUAUUACUGUCAGCUCACACUGGACCCAAACACAGCAUACAUACAAAUCUCUCUGUCUGAGGGGAACAGAAGAGGAACAGUUAAUUCAGUCCAGCCAUAUAGUUAUCAUCCAGAGAGAUUCACUGACAUCGGGCAGGUGCUGUGUGGAAAUGCUCUGUCUGGACGCUGUUACUGGGAGGUGGAGUGGAGAGGAAGGGUUGGUAUAGCAGUCUCAUAUAAAGACAUCAGCAGAACAGGGUCAGGUCUUCUAUCUGGAUUUGGAAACAAUGAUAAAUCCUGGUGUUUAGAGUACUCUGGUAAUUUCAGACACAAUAAUAUUCAGACAGUUACAUCAAGCUUUGGUUCCAGAGUAGGAGUGUACCUGGAUCACAUGGCAGGUACUCUGUCCUUCUACAGCAUCUCUGACACAAUGACCCUCAUCCACAGAGUCCAGACCACAUUCACUCAGCCACUCUAUCCUGGGUUUGCGUUUCGGUUUAUUCUGUCCACUGUCAAGCUGUGUGAGCUGGAGUAGUUCACAUUAGUGUCCUUCCCUCCUUACAUCUCUGGUUGUGGAACUGCAUCUCCUAACUUCCAUUUCUGCUCUGAGAGUUUUGAGGGAGUUUUUCUUGUCUUCUCUGAGAGUUUCGAUUGGCUAUUGUGGGCAACUGUGAAGUCAACUUUGUGAUAUUGGGGAUAAAGGGCUACACAGAGUAGGGAGUGUACCUGGAUCACGGAGCAGGUACUCUGUCCUCCUACAGCAGGGGUGGGGAACGUCCGGCCGAAAUCAUUUGGUCCGGCCCGCCAUGGCACUGCAGGAACCAUAUUAUUAGGUUCAUUAUUCGUUGGCAGCAGCACUAUUUUAAUAUGUGGAAGAGGACAGUGGAGGCGCGCAGCGUUGCGUACCAAUGUACCAAAAAAAUUCGCUAGCGCGCUCUGCGCUCUCGCAUUAAGUGUGGAAUUCCUUUCCAGCACAUCAAACCCAGAAUAUGUUGUUGGUUUGGGCUAAGCCCCGAAUGUUUACAACGUAUGGCUCCGCGCCUGAUUAACACUCAGAUCGAUAAGCAGUCUCAAAAAUGGUAGCAAUAUAAAAAAUAAUACGAUCCCUUUCCGUAAUCAUGAUACCCCCCAAGAAAUGUUCGAUGCACCCCUUGUCAAAGCAGGCUGCAUCCGUGCCAGUUAACAUCACAAACCUCACCAAAGAGAAGUAGUUCCAGCCAUCACAUUAGGGGUGAGUUAAUUAAAUGUUUGACCAAAUAUAGCAGGCACAUUCUUAAGUUGAUAAUACUGUACGGCCCCCGAAUGAUUUUAUAAAUAUCCAAAUGGCCCUUGGCAGAAAAAAGGUUCCCCACCCCUGUCCUAUACAGCAUCUCUGACACAAUGACCCUCCUGCACAGAGUCCAGACCACAUUCACUCACCCACUCUGUUUUAGGUUUGGAGUUUGGUGUAAUGGCUACACUACUGAACUGUGUGAGCUGAAGUAGAGGUCCCCAUAACUGUCUAUCUUUCAUAUCUCUUCUGAUUUGGUCAUACAAGGAGAAUUCUUUCUCUUCUCCAUGAAUGUCAGGGCCAGAGUUAGAGAAUGUUAGAUAUUGACUCUUAUGUUGAAUUAAGUAUAGAACACAACUCAAGACAGAUCCUGUGAUGUAGUUAAGGAUAAUUGUUUCGACCUGUGAUUGUAUGGUGUGUGUGGUUGUAUUUGGAUUAGAGUAUACAAUCACAUUGACAUUAUAGUUUUUAGAUUGAUAAUUUUAUCAUACCUAAAGAGAGUUGUUUUUUUUUCCUUUCACCUUUUCCAUUUUCUGAGAAAGUAAAAAUCUAUAAAAUGUCAAAGGAAAUGUUUUGAUGUCCUCAGAGCAUUCCUUUUUAGCUUCAAAAUAGAUAUUAUUUGUUUGUAGCUUGCCGUGUGGGUCGGAAUGUUAAAACUGAACGUCAUAAUACAGCAUGCUCCAAAAUUCUAUGUGUAAUAAUACAUCUUUUGUGGCACUCAAACUGCAAAAUUCAUUUUCCACAGUAGUAGCUGAAAUCCCAUGAGAUAUUUAUCAUUGCAACCUAUUUUACUUUGAACUGCAGCUUAUGUCAGAUCAUUUUUCAAAUAAGUUUCAGAAGACAAAUCUAAAUGGAAAAGGCAUACCUAAUAUAAUGAACCUACAAAGUUUUGUUCAAAACAUGCAAUUUCUCUUGCUUUAGUCCAAACUCAAAUUAAUUACUAUAAAGGGGUCUGUAUACUGUUUUUAAGGGCAUAAUGAAGGAUAUUAUGCUAAUUGUUUUCAAACAGACAGUUCAAUUUUCAGAAAUCCACAUCAGACAUAUAGAAGAUGUCUGUCUUUAAUGGCAGGACAAGUCAAUGUGGACAAGUCAAUGUGUUCUAGUAGUAAAAGUCUAGGUACAGCUAGUACAUCUCGACUGGGAUCCAGCAACAUCUGCCACACCACAAACCCCAACCUCCAGAGCUCUAAGGCCAACAAGCCUCCUGACAUCUGAUCUCCGUCCUGUGUGAGGACCCCAACAACCCCACUGCUAUCAGGAUGAUCCUGAGGAGGGUCACAUGUCCAGACAUCCUGGAUUCUGUCCCCAGUCAUCCCAGCAGGCCUCACUGAGUCCAGACCUGUCCCAGAGUGCUGUGCAGCAUGUGGAGGGCAGUGCCAGUGAGGUGAAAGGUCACCUGAAUGGACUGAGGAAGAGGAAAGGAGAAGAGACCAGCUCAGACUUGAUGGAUCUGAAGAUGAGUCCCCCUGUUUCAAAGAGAGCAUGUCUGACUGUUCAGCCUAAAUGGGUUCUUAAGAUCCGCUCCUUAUUCAGAGAGAGGCAGUGACAG